AAGAAGCGCAUCCAUGCUGCUCCGGGUUCAUAGUUGAACUGUCCAGCGUGUGUUUGAGGCUCGUCUCGUCUCGUCUCGUCUCGUCUCGUCAUGAUGCUUGAGAGGAGCAGAGUGACGGUGGUGGCGGAGCUGUUGUUCAGCAGAAGGAAGCAGAGCUGUGAAGACGCUGAGGAGCAGGAGGAGACCGUUCACUGUCUCUGCUCCAGAGCCUUCGUCCAGGACCGGGAGCUUUACCGCUCUGACAACAGACUGCUGUCCUCUGCACUGAUUCACACUGCGGUCCACGAAUCCAGUGAGGAGGAGGAGGAGGAGGAGGAGGAGGAGGUGCUGGAUGAAGAGGCUCAACUGAUGGUCAGCAUGGGUCUGCCUCUAGCCUUCGUCUGCUCCUCUGACCUUAAGAGAGCAGGCAGAAGGUCACAGAGGAAGACUGACACUUACUCUGAAGAUCCAGAUGAAGAGGAGAAAGAUGACAAACAGAUGCAGGACAACAGCAAAGCCAAAAAGCAAGAAGAGUCUGAUCCACUGGAGGAAGAAGAAGUAGCAGGGAACCACAGUAAUGCCUGGGAAACCUACUGGGCUCAACAGGGUGAAGCUCUUCUGUGGAGCAGCUGGCUGAAUAAACACCCAGAGACAGAGCUGCUGUUGGCGGAUGAUCAAGCAACAGCCACUGCUCCAUGGGACAACACGGAAACUAAAGCAGAGUGGGACAAACAUGCUGCAGACAUGUACUACUCCUACUGGGAGCAGUACUGUUACUGGGCUGCACAGGGCUGGACCACUGACCAGUCUGUCUGUACUGGGAACACUGGUGGAGAAACAGCUGCAGGAGUGACGGACAGAGGCUCAGUGGAAUGGAAUGAUGGACAGACUGGAGCUGAGAGCCAAAACAGAGAAGAAGAUGACGUUGAGGUUUUGAAAGGCCAGUUUGAACAGAGCUGCACAUUAGAAGCAGUUGGAAGCUCUGUGACGGACUCAGAGAAACACAUGAGUGUGGCUGAUGUCACAGAGCAGUCAGAGGAACAGCUCUGCUGCUCUGAUUCUCCGUCUGAUGGUGAGAAGGAUUGCAAACAACCCACAGAUAACGUCCCACAGAACACAGCCAAACAUACAGGUUCCCAGCAAGCUACUGGCAGCCAUGACAAACAGCGAGGCUCAGCAAAUAAGAUGUCAAACAGAGAAGAUGACGAUGAUGAUGAUGAUGAUGAUGGGGACAAACCACCAGGAGGAGGACACGCUAAAAUCAAACGCAGUCCUGGUUUAGUCUUGACUCAGUGUUGUGUGUUCAGUCAUGAGCUGGAUGUGGAGGAGACUCCUCAUCUGACACCUGAGGAAGCUUGGCAUAAACUGGGACUCAAACGCAAUCCAGAGCCCAUGUUCGACAGUGUGUUGAGCUUUAAAGACAGUGCUGGACCAAAGCGUCAGAGGUGGACAAAGAGACUCACUCACAAGAUCAACAAACACACCCACUUCUCAGACGACACACACUCCCCUGCUUGCUCCACUCUCGUCAAGGUCCAAGACUUCCUCAGAAAGAGUCAGGCAGAAACACAAGUGAGUCCAUGUGACCAGACUGAGACAACAGAGAGGACAUCACAGGAACCGGAGGACACUCUUCUGUAUGUGAGACAGAAGGAGACGGAGAGUGCUGAGAGAGGAGGUGAAGAGGCUGUGGAAGAAGAGAGCUGCAGUUCUGUGUGCGGUUCAGAUGCAGAGAGGAGGCAGAGCAGCUCUCUGGAUAAAGACAGGAAGGAAGAGGAGGAGGAGCAGGAGCAGGAGCAGGAGCAGGAGCAGGAGCAGGAGCAGGAGCAGGAGCAGGAGCAGGAGCAGGAGGAGGAGGAGGAGCAGCCUGGUCGAGAGAUAACGUGUCCAGAAAUCCCUGACUUCCUCCUGUGUGAGGAAGCCAAAGAUGACAGCGAAUUUAGUGUGAAAGAUGGAAAGAGGAAGACCAGGAAGCAGAGGAGGAAGCAUAGGAGGAAGCAGCAGGCCCCUGCAGACAUGGCAGCUGAACCUGAGCUGGUCAAAUACUGGGCUCAGCGAUACAGACUCUUCUCUCGCUUUGAUGAAGGGAUCAAACUGGACAGAGAGGGUUGGUUCUCGGUGACUCCAGAGAGGAUUGCUGAGCACAUCGCCCUCAGAGUGCAGCAGAGCUUCUGUGACUCGCAGCUCGUCAUCGACGCUUUCUGUGGCGUCGGAGGAAACGCCAUCCAGUUUGCCCUCACUGGGAAGAGAGUCCUGGCCGUUGACAUCGACCCCGUGCGUCUGAACCUCGCGCGGCACAACGCUGCAGUUUACGGCGUGGAUCAUCUCAUCGACUUCCUGCAAGGUGACUUCCUUCAGCUGGCGCCCCGUCUCCGUGGUGAUGUGGUCUUCCUGUCUCCUCCAUGGGGAGGACCAGACUAUCUGACUGCUGACGUGUUUGACAUCAGGACCAUGAUGGAGCCUGAUGGGUUUCAGAUUUUUCGUCUGGCCAAACUGAUAUCACACAACAUCGUGUACUUCCUUCCUCGCAACGCUGACAUGGAUCAGAUCGCCUCUCUGGCUGGUGCAGGAGGGAAGGUGGAGGUGGAGCAGAACCUUCUCAACAACAAGCUGAAGACCGUGACCGCUUACUUCGGCAGCUUGAUCGGAUCAGACAGUCAGUGACGACCGUGUCAGGAUUUCUUCUUCUUCGUCACAGUGAAUCUGAUGAUCACGUGUCUAAGUGAGCGACGGCCCAUGUUUUUAUGAAUGUGUUGGGAUAAGCUAAAACUUAAAAAGAGAGUUUUACUGCGGGAUCUAUUUUUAUCAUUCUUCUUUGUUUUAAAUUUGAACCAAUAAAUGUUUUUUUUAGA